ACUCUUUUCAUGUUUAGUCUUGUUGCUUUGUUCAUUCUUCACCUUUUUUCUCACUUUCAUCUUCACAUGUCAAAAUCUAUUCAAUCCUCGGGAAGAGUACAUUGAGAUGGAAAUUCGGGUCCUAAACGGGUCGACCCGAUUCCAUCUCCACCCUCAAGUCUUACCUUCCCUCUAUAAAUACAAGCAAAAAAACAUAGGUGAACUACAAUCUGAUAUAGUUGAGCUAAACUUUGAGCUUUUGAACACAAAGACUAAGCUAGAAAAAGCAAGUGUUGAACAAGGAAAUGGUGACACCAGUGAAGUAUGUAUCAGUUCCUGAUGAACUCCCGGAGUUCUUCAAGAUUUAUCACCCUCAAAUAUGCGAACAACAACUGAGAAUUCCACCUGCCUUUCUCAAGUUUUUCAAUGGAGACGUUCCUUCGAUAUGUAUGCUUGAAGAUCUCGCAGCGAGAUCUUGGAAAGUUGUUGUCGAAAAGAAGGACGAUAAUUUCUUUUUCAUGGAAGGGUGGGUAGACUUUGUGUUGGAGAAUAAUUUGGAAUUUGGAGAUUUUCUAACAUUUUCCUAUGCUGGAAACUCCAAGUUUUAUGUAAAGAUAUAUGAGAAAAAUGGCAGCUUAAGGCAGGACGUAACUGCUCUCAAAGAGCCUGAGCUGGUUACAUCGGAAGAAGAAAAUGAGCAGGAGGAAGGUGUUGUAGCUCAGCCAGCUGAUCAAACAUCGGAAAGGUCAAGAAGUUCUGUUGCUUCAAUCAAUUCAUGCGAAAUUGUCAUUAAGGCAUGGCAUUUGAGUAACGCACGCUUGAAUUUCCCAGCUGCAUUUGGCAAUAGAUUCUUGAAGAGGGAGCAACCACUUGUGGCUACUCUUCGAGCUGGUAAUGCCAGCUGGCGGAUUGUUGUUCAUUGUUUUGAUAGAUUUCAACUACGGAAAGGGAUGCGCAAAUUUAUCAGCGAUAAUGCUUUGCGUGAAAAUGAUGUUUGCUGAUUUAAGCUGACUGAUGAUGAGAAGCUGAUCCUGAAUGUUCGCAUUAGUCGAUACAAGUAAAGUAGUCAAAAAGAUACAGGCACAUCCUGUCUUUAGAUCAAAUGUUUUUGCUUGAGAAAGACAUUAGUAGAAGGUUUAUGCUUCAAAACUUCAUCUCUAUCAAUGAAUUUACAUCAUUCUAUGAUGUGAUUACUGGUAGUUUCUUAUUCACUGUCUCAGACCAUCAUAAAUAAUACUCUUAACUACA